AAAAAAAAAAAAAAAAAAGGAGAGUUCCUUUCUCUCUCUCUCUCUCUCUCUCUCUUUUUUAUAUAUAAAUUUAUACAUAUAAUGCCUUGCUUACAACAUUCAUAUCCUUAUUUAAAUACAUGGAUUGACCAACACUCUAUUCAAUUGAUAUCUGUAUUGGGUGUAGGUGCUUAUGGCACUGUUUAUUUAGGCAGACAUGUUUACUCUAAUCAACUGUUUGCAAUUAAACAAUUAAUCAACAGAAAAGAAGCAGACAUCCAUGCUUUUCUUUCAGGCCAUCCUAAUAUCAUUCAAUUUCAAAAACUAGUCUAUACAACGGAGGGUAUUGUAUGGAUGGUACUUGAAUACCAGCCUGAAGGUGAUUUAUUUGCAGCCAUCACUCGACAUAAAAGGGACAUUGUAGGCGAUAAUGAUAAAAUAAAGCAUAUAUUCUUGCAAAUCAUUGAUGCUGUUGACUAUUGCCAUCAACACAAGAUUGCCCAUCGUGAUCUUAAGCCAGAAAACAUCACAUUGGGUCCUGGACUUCAAGUGAAAUUGACUGAUUUUGGAUUAGCUACAACGCAGUCUAUUUCAUAUGAAUUUGGGUAUGGAUCUGCAUUCUAUUUUUCACCAGGUAAAGUGAAAUUAAAUCAUGCAUAUUUGGGCUCAUGAUAGAAAUAGAAUGCCAAGGUGUCUAUCAACAACAAGGCUACAACACACAGAAAAAUGAUAUUUGGAGUCUAGGUAUCAUUCUCAUCAAUUUGACAGUUGGGAGAAAUCCAUGGAAAAAAGCAGACAUGUCCAACCCAACGUUUGCUGCUUUUGUCUAUCAUCCAAUUCAAUUCUUCAAGACGGUCUUGCCUUGUCUGUCUGAACCAUUGGUUUCUAUCUUGCUCAACAUCUUUUGUCUUGAUCCUGAUAAACGUAUCUCACUCGAUCAAUUGCGUGUAUGUAUUAAGCAAUGUCCGUCUUUUGUACAACCACACAAGAAGAAGACAUUUGUUGUUCAGGAGAAAAUAAACAAAA